AUGCUCACCUCCGGCCUCACCAACGCGCCCGUCUCCAAACUCCUCCUCAUCUACACCAUCGCCGCCUCCAUCGCCCUCUCCAUCCUCGACAUCAAACACCUCGCCCCGCUCCACGUCUCCCCCGACCUCUACCCCUACGGCCAGCUCUGGCGCUGCGUCGCCUGGCAAGCCGCCGGCUUCACCAACUCCACCGAGGCGCUCUUCGCCGCCAUGCUGGCGUACCAUCUGCGCGUCGUCGAGCGCGCCUGGGGCAAGCGGAAGAUGGCUUCCUUCAUCCUCUCCACCGCACCCUUCACCACCCUCCUCCCGCCCCUCCUCCUAACCCUCCUGAGCAUCCUCUCCCGCGGCAAAUUCGCCUACUUACCGUCUGGCCCGACCGCCGUCGUCUUCGCCCUCCUCGCCCAGUACCACGCAAGUAUCCCGCAUACAGUCCGGUAUCGGAUUUCCACCACCGCCUCGUCUAGCCCCCACCUUCACCACCACCACCACCAGCAGCAGCAACAGCAGCAACAGCAACAGCAACAAGAUGCAGAGGGUAGGACAAGUAGUAGUGAAAGUAGCAGCAGCGAAGGGAAGAAAUCUCUCACCCUCCUCCUCUCGGACAAAUCCACCACGUACCUCGUCGCCGCGCAGUUGGCGCUCUCGCAGUUCCCCGCCAUGCUCCUGCCUGCGGCGGUGGGCUGGCUGGUGGGCGUGGCGUGGCGGGCCGAGUUCCUGCCUGGGUCUGCGUGGAGGGUUCCGGCUUGGGUGGUGGGGGAGAAGGAGGUGGGGGGACAGGGACGGGGACGGGGACGGAGGGGGAGAGGGAGAGGGACGGAGAGUGGUGAGCGGUAUGAGGAUCUGAGGAGGAGGUUGGAGGGGGAGGCUGUUGCCGCUGCUGCGAGUGGGAGUGGAAGUGGCAGUGGCAGUGUUGUUGCCGACGGACAGAGGCAGCGGCGGGUGUUGAGCUAA